CCACCAAGUCUUCUUAGUCCCUACCAUUCCAAUAUUUCAUUAUCCAAAACACGUGUAACUCUCUAGCACUCCUUGCUUCUCUUUCUUCUUUCUUCUUUACGCAAAAUUCUGAGUUUCACCUAUCUUUAGCUGCCUCAAGAAAAUGGCGUCCACCCUAUCCUCUGUCGGAGCUGUUAACAAGCCUUUGUUGAGUUUGAAUAAUAGCAGUAUGGGAACUUCAGUUCCCAGCAGCACUGCUUUCUUGGGAAAGAGGUUAAAGAAAACCAGGUUUAUAGCUGCCACCCCCAGAAUGAUUCGUAGCAGCAGGCAUUUGAGGGUUGCUGCACAGCAGGCACAUGAGGCAGCUGAGCCUGAGAUUGAUGAGAAGAAACAGACUGUCAAUGACAGAUGGAGGGGCCUUGCGGAGGACAUUUCUGAUGAUCAACAGGACAUCACCAGGGGAAAAGGAAUGGUUGACUCUCUUUUCCAGGCUCCUGCGGGUACUGGUACUCAUAAUGCUGUCCUAAGCUCUUAUGAUUACAUCAGUAAGGGCAUUCGCCAAUACUCACCACUGGAUAACACAAUAAAUGGAUUUUACAUUGCCCCUGCUUUCAUGGACAAGCUUGUUGUGCACAUCACCAAGAACUUCUUGAAACUGCCCAACAUUAAGGUUCCUCUCAUCUUGGGAGUUUGGGGAGGCAAGGGUCAAGGGAAGUCAUUCCAGUGCGAGCUUGUCUUCCGAAAAAUGGGAAUCAACCCUAUAAUGAUGAGUGCUGGAGAACUGGAGAGUGGAAACGCUGGUGAGCCGGCUAAGUUAAUCAGGCAAAGGUACCGUGAGGCAGCAGAAAUCAUCAGAAAGGGCGAUAUGUGUGUCCUCUUUAUCAAUGACCUUGAUGCAGGAGCUGGUAGGAUGGGUGGGACCACCCAAUACACUGUUAACAACCAAAUGGUGAAUGCCACACUCAUGAACAUAGCUGAUAACCCAACCAAUGUCCAGCUUCCAGGUAUGUACAACAAGCAAGAGAAUGCCCGGGUUCCCAUCAUAGUCACAGGCAAUGACUUCUCCACGCUAUACGCGCCUCUCAUUCGUGAUGGUCGCAUGGAGAAGUUCUACUGGGCACCAACUAGGGAAGACAGGAUUGGUGUUUGCAAGGGUAUCUUCCGGACUGACAACCUACCUGAUGGGCACAUUGUUAAGCUCGUUGAUGCCUUCCCCGGACAAUCAAUCGAUUUUUUUGGUGCCCUGAGGGCUAGAGUGUAUGAUGAUGAAGUGAGGAAGUUUGUGGCCGGCAUUGGUGUAGAGAAUGUCAACGAAAGACUUCUAAACUCUAGCGACGGACCCCCAGUUUUCGAGCAGCCAAAGAUGACCCUUGAGAAGCUACUUGAGUAUGGAAACAUGCUUGUACAAGAACAAGAGAAUGUUAAGAGAGUUCAAUUAAGUGACAAGUACCUAAGAGAGGCGGCCCUUGGAGACGCAAACGAGGAUGCCAUCAAGAAUGGAAAUUUCUAUGGUAGUUAGAAAAGGAGCCCAACAUGGGGAUCUUAAGGUUCCUGAAGGCUGCACUGAUCCUCAAGCAACAAACUUUGAUCCAACCGCCAGGAGUGAUGAUGGAACCUGCUUGUAUACAUUCUAAAGGGGUUUGUUUAUAUCUGCAAAACCUUUACUGUCAAAGUUGUCACUGUGAAACAAUACUCAGUGACCUGUACAUAUAAGGUGUAAUAAUGUUUUGUAUACAUAGUAUUAUUUUUAAUCUAUCAAAUACUCUAAUAUGGAAAAGUGAGUUUAUUCAAAGAACAGAUUGCUACCUCCAUUAUGAAGAAACUGACAUCUGUAAUAGUUUAAACUAGACGAUGUACCCGUGCGAUGCACGGGGUAUAUCUAGAAUUGAAUAAUAACUUAUUUAAAAUUAUGUCUUAUGAUGGUAGGUAAUUAAUGUGUAAUUUUGCC